UAACCAUGACGCCUAAUACGCCUUCUUCGAUUACUUUGAGCUGGUAUGAUUACACUAUAUUUGUAGGUACUUUAGUUUCCAGUACUUUGAUCGGAAUUUACUACGGAUGUUUUGGAACUAAACAAGGAACCACCAGAGAGUACCUCAUGGGAGGAACAACCAUGAAAAUCAUUCCCAUAGCAAUAUCAGUAGCAGUCAGCCAUAUUUCUGGAACUAUGCUACUAGGAACAGCCUCAGAAGUAUUCCGAUACGGAGGUAGCGUUUGGUUGACUGUUGUUGCACUAACAGUAAUGGGGUUUUUAACAAAUUUCGUUUAUCUUCCUGUGUUUUAUAAACUGCGCUUGAAAAACAUUUACGACUACUUGGAGCAAAGAUUCGACAAGAAAACAAGAACGUUGGCAAUCGUGUUUUACAUGAUUACUGAGAUACUUUUAUUCCCAGUGCAUGCGUAUUCUCCAUCUUGAACAUUUGCCACUGCUAGUGGACUUAAUGUAAACCUGGUUGCUUUUAUCUUGUGCGCCAUUUGCGUAUUUUACACUUCAAUAGGUGGUUUUAAAACCGUAAUUUGGACGGAUUUUCUUCAGUUUGCUAUAAUAGUGACAUCUUUUAUCAGUGUUUACGCACUAGGUCUUAGAACAUCAGGUGGAUUCUUGUCGGUGUGGAAUACAGCAAGAGCUGGCCAGAGACUACAAGUUUUUAAGUAAUCAUUACUUAUAGUGUUGAUAAUUGUGCAAAAAUAUGUUGUAGUUUCGAUGUUGAUCCUACGGUAAGAGAUAGUUUCUGGGCAUACUUUAUAGGUUCAGGAUGCUCCUUUACGGCCUACGUAGCCGUACGUCAAACCGGUGCCCAAAAAUUUCUAACUUUAGAAAAAUCUACAGAUCUCAAAUGGUCAGUUAUAUACACCGUAAUUAGUAUGUCUGUAGUCCAGACGUUGUGCGUUUUCGUUGGCUUUGUGGUUUAUGCUAAGUACAAAGACUGUGACCCUUUGACUAGUCACAAGAUCUCAAAACAUGACCAAAUUUUUCCUUAUUUUGUAACUGACAUUAGUACCAGUGUACCAGGAAUUUCGGGUUUCUUUUUAGCAGCGAUUUCUAGUGGAUCACUAAGCUCAAUGUCUUCAAACCUAAACGCCCUCUCUGGUGUUAUUUACAAAGACAUUUUGUAUUUGUUCUUCAAGAAAAAACCGUCUGACAAAAGUAGUAGUGGUAUUUUAAAAGUGAUAGUCCUUGUUGUUGGGACCUUGUGUACUUGUUUAGUGUUUACAAUAGGACUAUUAGGAGAAAUACUUCCUAUUAGUGUAUUGAUUGUAGGUUUUACUCAAGGACCGCUGUUGGGGUUGUUUACCCUAGGAAUUCUCUUUCCAAAAGCAAAUUCAAAGGGAGCCUUUUAUGGUACUCUAGGAGGUUUUAUUGCUGUUGUAAGUCUAGGACUUCCCGCCAAAUAUUUUGAAAUAAGAGGCUUCGUAAAAUAUCCGACGAAACCCCUCUCUGUAAUUGGUUGUGCUUUGUCCAAUCAAACCAUAACUGAGACAAGUCUUACUUAUUUUAACAGCACUAUAUUAAAUGAUAGUGUUCCGUUCCAAACCCCUUCCAUUUUUAAGCUUAUGUUUUACUAUUAUUCCGGCUUUGGAACCGUCAUGACUAUUAUUUUCGGAUUAAUUAUUAGCUACAUGUCAAAGAGUGACUCUUCGGUUGACAGAAAACUGCUAAGUCCCUUGAUUUACAGAUGCUUACCUGAAGAAGGUCGAGACGAAGAGAAGACGUCUUGUACACAAGACACUUCAUUGAAUUUUGGUUAGAGUAUUACGCGUUUUAUGAAGAUUAAAUUUUUUUGUAGGUACUGUUGUGAUCUGGGUAUAUUGUUCUAA